AUGAUCGACUCCUUCGGAAUGCUCAUCCUUCCGGUAGUUAGUGCCACCACAAUCUCCACCACAGCUUUAGCCGAGGUACCUUCGACGAGGUACCACCUGUUGGUGGAUUUGCCAACUUUGUUACCUCUGCUUCUUUUACUAAGAGUUACUAAAAGGGUAAAUAGGAGAGUACUGGGACAUGAAGACAAACCCGUGGACAUGUUGCGAAAUGUCUUGGGAUUGCGAGUUACGUCCGGUUUAAGAGCUGCUACCUUGACCGUCAAAGCGACUCAUGAAUUAUUUAUAUCGAUUCUAUUAGUGCCCCAGGCGUCCGCUCCGAUAAUAAUCGAUAUCUCAGCCAGGAUCGAGCCUGCUCCGCGUCGAUGUAACUUUAAAAUAGAGCUACGCCUCUUUAGUUCCAUGGACCGGCUGCCUCCAGCAGUUCGCAGUGUCAUUAUAACUUAUUAA